AUGAAAUCUUCUGAAAUCGCUACAGCUGUUCACGGAAGAGGCGGUAAGGGAGGCAAAUGCGGUAAAGGAGACAAAGAUGACAGGGGAGGCAAAGGUGAUAAAGAUGGAAAAGAUGAUCACGGACAGACGAAGUCAAAAAAAUACAGUUACGAAGAUAUUCCGAUAGCGCACAAAGAAAGCCCAUGCUUUGAUGAUGGAGGGCACAACUGCCACGAAUACGAGCAUUGCGUCCCCGAAGGUCAACAUCUAUACAAGUGUUGCCGGAAUUAUUUCCAGUGUCGUCAAGGAAAUCCGCAUCCUUGUCUUGGAAAACACGCCUGCAACGAUGGCGAGUUCUGCCAAAGGACUGUCAAGGCAAAUGAGGAAUCCAAUGACUUUAAUUGUAUCAAAAAGGAUGAUAAAUGUAUCGGAAUGGCUAUGUGCACUAAGCAUUACUUCGGAUCCUGCUCUGCCAACAACAAGGACCCUCCUAAACGAACCGUUGUCCAGUCCGUUGAUGAUUGCUUCAACAAGUGCAAGAACAACAAAAAUUGCAAGGGUUUUGAUCUCGACAGUAAGGGAGGAUGUCUCCUGGCCUUCCAGAGUUGCACCGAAGAUGAGCUGAUAGACCACCCGAUUUACGAUGAAGACGAUAUGGAUUUUGGUAACGAUCCUCGAAAAGAAAGAUGGUAUGAAUUGCACAUGCAAUGGCAAAUGUAUGAAAACUUACAAUACACUUACUAUCCGAUGGAAGGAUGCAAGACUCCAGAACGGUCGCCCGAAUGCGAUGAAACUUUGGCGGAUAAAGUUGAUGAGCACAUGGGUACGAUCAUGCAGAGCAUCAAUUCAAUGAUGCCGUAUUUUGAGACGCUCAACGAAGAACUAUCGAAUAACAGCGAUGGCGACAAGCAUUUUCGAAUGAUAGUUAGGGACAUCAUCGUUGCCUUUGGGACUCUAAGCGGCAUUCUCCUUCUAGCGAUUCUGGCGGUGAAGCUCAACAAGACCUGUCAAGAGAAAGACAACACCGUUGGAAACAUACCCAUGCCCGAAUCUCAACAAAGCAACACUCAGGUCAACAACCAGACAACUGUCGGCGGCGCUGUUAUCAAUAUACUCCCUCGACUUCGAGAGGAACACCCUUACAAUGAAUUCACCGACGAUGAUCCUGCUCCAGAUUACAACACAACUCUUUCUGUUGAGCCGAUCGCGAGCAUCCCAGAAGAGCUGGAAAAGUCCCCAGAGGGGCCAAAAGAAAAUAUUCUUCCAUGA